AUGGACGCGGACUCGGUGCGCAUCACACGCCUGUCAGUGCCACGGGUGUAUGUGCUGGAUAAUUACCAUCGCCACCGGCAUCAGCAUCAGUAUCAGCACCAGCACCAGAACCAGUUGGUGGCGCCGAGCCAGCGGCGGACGCUCGACGAUCCGGAGCUGUUGUUCGACCGCGAGCCGGAUACGCUGGAAGCGCUGCGUGGCCUCGAUCCGGCCGAGCAUCUCGUGCUGGACUGCGAGUACGCCAUCGAACCGCACGAGCAGGGCUUCGUGCUGAAGUGGCUGCACAACGACGUGCCCGUCUACCAGUGGAUCCCGCCCCAUCGCAGCCCGUCCAGCCUGCAAACGCGACUGCGGGACCACGUCAAUCGGACGUACACGGUCAACGGUGAGCCGAUGCACAAACACCGGGCGCUGGCGUUGAUGCACCCCUGCCAGGAGCUGGCCGGCAAGUACACCUGCUACGUGCAGACGUACACCUCCAUCGACCGGCAGUCGGCCGACCUUUUUAUCAUCGUGCCCGAGUCUAGCAUGACGCUAAAGUACCACCGAAACCCCAGCAACCUGGUGACGGUGGUGUGCAGCGCGUACGGCAUCUUCCCGGCGCCCGAGCUGUCCCUGUGGGUCAACGACUACAAGCAGAACUCGACCUCGAAUGAGUUCCCGGCGGCCGAGGGGCUUUUCGACAGCUCCGUCAGCGUGCAGCUGGUCCUGUACGAGACCCUCGGGCCGGACGAUGUGAUCAAGUGUACGCUGGAAGUCCCCGGCACCGACUACCGGCGGACGAAAGAGACAGUGUUCGUAGCCUUCGAUAGCAGACCGUUCGGCGAUUCCAACUCUAUUCUGGAUCCGUUUGGGUCGGUGCCCGCCUCCAGCACGAGCAUCAGCCGGGAUACCCCUCCGUCGAGCGCGGCCCAGUUGAUCCCCGGUUCCCGUGCGGAGCCAAAAACAACCACAUCCACAUCCGAGCCGCACACGAUGACACCGAGCGAGGGGACGAGCAGUACGAGAGCGACCACCGUUGGUCCUCGGCCAGCUUCAACCGCCAAGGAACAAUUGCACAGGCCACAGGAAAUUCAGAUCAAGGAAUUUUCCAACGAGAACCUGAUCUACAACAGUGCGGGCGCGCGGUUAGGACUCGUCGGAACGGGAACAGAUUGGUUGCGGUUUGUGGCGUUGAUGUUGCCGAUGGUGCUUCUUUCCGUCCAGGCAGCGCUGGGACUACUGCCCCUAGACGGUCGAAGGCUUCGGUCGUAA